AUGCAUUUCUCACUCAAGGAGGAAAACUACGUAGUCAUCGAGAACGGCUCAUAUAGAAUAAAGGCUAUAAAGGGUGUCGGUGACACAAACCGAUUUCCGUCCGUGGUAGGUCACAAGACAGAGGACAAUGAGAAUCAGAAUUCCGAGGUGCAAACAGAAACUGUUUCAAGUCCGGAUGUUUCGGCGCCGAAUUCACCAAAUAGUAGCACACCACCAAAAAGGAAUUCCAAGGAACCCAAAUACAUAUGCGGAGCACAACUGGAAGAGUUCAAAGAGGGUGACCUCCGAAUUACGAGCCCGAUCAAACGCGGCGUGAUACAAAAUUGGGAAGAGUUGGAGGCUUUGUGGCGACACAUUCUUUUGAAGGAGUUGAAUAUUAAAAGAGCGCGCAAUGAAUGCCCCGUGCUGGUAUCGGUCCCCAAUAGCUGGACGAGAGAUAAUUACGAACGCAUCACGCAGUUAUUUUUCGAGAGGUUCAAUGCCCCCGGACUUUACAUCGCCAAUCAAGCAUUGAUGACGAUGUACGGAUUUGGAAGUCUCACCGGCCUGGUGGUUGACGUGGGACAUGGGAAAACUGAGGUUACGCCUGUUAUCGACUGUUCGAUUCAGUAUCACGCAUCUCAAACGCUGCCUUUGGCUGGUCAGGACUUUGAUGAAUAUUUUCUCUCGUUACUUUUAUCCGAUAAGAAAUUCAUGGAAGAAUAUGGCGACACGCCCGAUCUCGAGUUUGCAAGAGCUAUUAAAGAGACGGACAUAUGUGAGAUUCCGGAAGAUCCUCAUCAAGUAGAAGACGAAAAAUUAGAGCGGAUGGAGGCUUACGAACCCCUUUUCAACCCACAAAUCAUUAAUAGACACGGAACCCUUUCGUUGCCCGAGGCCAUCAAUUUGGCGAUAUCUUUGUGUGAAUCAGAUAAACGAAGCAUACUAUGGGAGAGUAUAGUCUUGACCGGGGGUUCGUCCCUCAUUAAAGGGUUUAAAGAACGGCUCGAGGCCGAACUACGAUUAUAUUUGGCUGCAUCGGAGAACUAUGGAGAUUUCCAGAUGAAAGAGGUCAAGUUUUUAAAGUUGCCUGAAUACUUUACUAACCUAAGGGAGAGACCGGAUCUAGCGGGAUUCUUGGGCUCCUCUAUCACGGCCAAGGCUUCAUCAACAAAGUCGACUAUAACGAGCACGGACCAGGCGUCAUCCAUACCAAAGGCUAUUAAUCUUCCAAGGUUCAAU